UGAUUUAUCCCAAUUCAAAUAUCCCGCCAUCAAAGUUUCCGCCAAUCAAAAAACACUUCAGAGUCGCUCAUCCUCACGUCAAUAUCAUAUAAUCAGUUUUACGUAAUAUCAAAAUUUUUCAGAAUUUGCACCAAGCAAAUUCUUUCAAUUCUAUUAAAUUAAUAAAAUUCGUGACACUUUUCACGUACAAAAAACAUUCAUAAUGGCCGGAGAACCAGAACUGAAAGGACUUGCUAAAAUCUUCAACUCUCAAACCAAUACUGGCCGAGCUAAUGUCGGUAAAGCCACAUAUUUAGUCAUAGGACUGACAAUAGCCUACUUCGCAUUGAGACCAUCGAAGAAACCAGCUAAAUAAUAAUCUAUACAUCCGUGUUCAAAAUUUUAAUAAAUUGGUAGCAUAUUAAUUUUUCAGUUAUUUUUAUUAGCGAAUAUUUCAGGAAUGUGUAAAACAAAAAAAAUAAAAACACAACAUGUAAUAUUAUUUUUUAAGAUCGAAGAAAUAAAAAUAAUUUGAGAAAGUAA